AUGCGGUCUACACUUCGGCUUUUGGCCAAUGUCAAGCCCCGGUAUCUGGAGCCCUUUGCUCCCACCGGAUUGACUGGCCUCACCACCCACCCGAGCCCCCGUCCGACUCUGAUCUACCUCUACACCACCACUCUCCAGAAGCUGUCCAACUUCCCCGAGUCCUCCGCCUACCGCCAGUCCGUCGAAGCCUUGACUCGCCACCGUCUCCAGAUCGUUGAGUCUCAGAAGCCCCCGUGGUUGGAGCGCGUGAAGAAGACCGUUGGCGCGGAGCCCGAGCGAUUUGCCCAACUCCAGCGCUCUGACGGCACAUUCGCAUACGUUGGCUCACAGCAACCCGAUGGCAGUGACAACGCUCGUGGUGAGGAGUGGGACGGCGAGGGCCUGACCAGCUCGACCGAGGGUCCUCGGACCCCGCAAGAGGCCGCCGAGUGGCAGAAGAUUCUCGAGGAGUCCAGCUCCACCGCCGAUAAGGUGGAGGCUGAUCACUAUGAGACUCACAUGUCCUGGGAGAACGAGCCCGCUCUCGAGGCUGAGCAGGUCUCCCAGAUUGAGCAGAAGAUCGGCGCCGGUCUCAUCGAGGAGAUCAUUCAGGUUGCUGAGGCCGAGCUCAAGCUGACUGAUGAGCUGUACAAGGCUAAGGUGUGGGAGGAGCUGGAGGAGAAGCCCGUCCCUGGCCAGUGGACUUACUUUGAGCGCGGAAACUGA